AUGCGCAGUCUACAGCGGACCACCGAGGUCACGAAACUGUCCGGCGCCGAUACCAUGGUGCUUCGAGUCAAGCACGAAGUGCAGGUUGCCCGAUUGACUGCGCAGUCCCUUGAACAGCAAGAUCCCCCCAGCGUCGACCACACGCAGCAGCAGCACCGGCCCGCGCCGCCCUCGGUGCCCACGCCCAUUCACGAAGACCUCGCAAUGAUCGACCCGGAGCUCCUGGCGCUGUCGCUGGCGGCGCGCGUGCCCGCGGCCGUGCCGUCGAUACUCGUGACGCCGUCGCGGCGCAACUGCGGCAUGUGCGCGCCCGUCGGCCAGCGCGGCGUCAUGCGCAUCUGCCGGCCGUGCUACGACGCGCCCCCGGCGCUCUUCUCCAUGUCAUCGUCGUCGUCCUCCUCCUCAUCGCCAACCUCGGCGCUGGCCCGCGCCGGCUGCUUCGAGGCCGUGGCCGACGACCGCAUCCUGCUGACGCCGGGCGUCGUGGUGGUGCUGAUGGUGGUGCUGUUUCUGGUCGCCGUGGCGCUGGUCGACCUGGCCGACUGGGUGCGGCGACUGCGGCGGCGGCGUCAGCAGCAGCAACAGCAGGCGAUCUCGCUGCCCUCGGACAGCAGUGCCAAGGCCGGGCUGUUCGUCGACGACCCGUAUUGCUACAGCGACGGCGACGAGCGCCUGGUGCCGUGA